UCACAUUUGGGGCUCACGAUGACCGAGGAAGUUCCGGCCGCGCCCGCAGCCGCGCUCCAGCCUGCCAAGGCGCCGGCUAAGAAGACCAAGAAGGCGGGGUCCGGGGCGGCCAAGGCGCGCAAGCCGGCGGGCCCCAGCGUGACGGAGCUGCUGACCCAGGCGGUGUCGGCCUCCAAGGAGCGCAGCGGCGUCUCGCUGGCCGCGCUCAAGAAGUCCCUGGCGGCCGCCGGCUACGACGUGGAGAAGAACAACAGCCGCAUCAAGCUGGGCCUCAAGAGCCUGGUGACCAAGGGCACGCUGGUGCAGACCAAGGGCACGGGCGCCUCGGGCUCCUUCAAGCUCAACAAGAAGCAGGCCGAGGCCAAGGACAAGGCGGCCGCCAAGAAGAAGCCGGCCCCGGCGGCCGGCGCGGCCAAGAGCAAGAAGCCCGCCGCCAAGAAGCCGGCCAGCGCCGCCAAGAAGGUCAAGCGGGCGGUGGGCGCCGCGGGGGCCAAGAAGAGCGCCAAGAAAGUGGCCAAGAAGCCCGCGGCCGCAGGGGCGGCCAAGAAGGCGGCAGCCAAGAGCCCCAAGAAGGUGGCCAAGCCCAAGAAAACGGCCAAGAGCCCCGCCAAGGCCAGGACGGCCAAGCCCAAAGCCAAGCCCAAGACUCCCAAAGCGAAAGUCGCCAAGCCCAAGAAGGCGGCGCCGAAGAAGAAAUAGGCUCUUCCGAGAGGAGCGCUCCAAACCCCAAAGGCUCUUUUAAGAGCCACCCACCUUUUCUUCAAAAGAGC